CCCUCCCGGCCCGCGGACCCCGCCGGAGCGCCGCGCCGAGGGAGCCGCCGCCGCCGCGCCUCGGAGGAUGCGACGCACAACAGUGUUCUAAGGGCCGAAGCAUCUGGGCUGAAUAGACUUCAGCAUCAAAAAAAGUCCUCUUUCUGUUUGGAAAGUUGUAAAGUGCAUAAAGAUGAAGCAGGCACCAGAAAUCCUUGGCAAUACCAACGGAAAGACGCAGAACUGUGAAGUGAAUCGUGAAUGUUCUGUAUUCCUCAGCAAAGCCCAGCUUUCUACCACUCUGCAAGAAGGGGUCAUGCAGAAAUUUAAUGGCCAUGAUGCGCUUCCCUUUAUUCCAACUGAGAAGCUGAAAGACCUUACUUCCCGUGUGUUUAAUGGAGAACCUGGUGCUCAUGAUGCCAAAUUGCGUUUUGAGUCCCAGGAAAUGAAAGGAAUUGGGACACCACCUAACACUACCCCUAUUAAAAAUGGCUCUCCAGAAAUUAAGCUGAAAAUCACCAAAACAUAUAUGAAUGGGAAACCUCUCUUUGAAUCUUCCAUUUGUGGUGACAGUGCAGCUGAUGUGUCCCAGUCAGAAGAAAAUGGACAAAAACCUGAAAACAAGGCAAGAAGGAGCAGAAAGAGAAGCAUAAAAUACGAUUCCUUCCUGGAGCAGGGCCUUGUUGAAGCAGCUCUGGUAUCCAAGAUUUCAAGUCCCACAGACAAAAAGAUUCCAGUCAAGAAGGAGCCCUGUCCAAAUAUCAGCAGAGACAAAGACCGUCUGCUAAGAUACAGCGUUGGAGAUUUGGUAUGGUCCAAAGUGUCAGGUUAUCCCUGGUGGCCGUGCAUGGUGUCUGCUGACCCGCUUCUUCACACCUGUACCAAACUUAAAGGUCAGAAAAAGAGUGCACGCCAGUAUCACGUACAGUUCUUUGGUGACGCCCCAGAAAGAGCUUGGAUAUUUGAGAAGAGCCUUGUAGCUUUUGAAGGAGAAGGACAGUUUGAAAAAUUAUGCCAGGAAAGUGCCAGACAAGCACCUACGAAAGCGGAGAAGAUCAAGCUGUUAAAACCUAUUUCAGGGAAAUUGAGGGCCCAGUGGGAAAUGGGCAUUGUUCAAGCAAAAGAAGCUGCAGGCAUGUCAGUAGAUGAGCGGAAAGCCAAGUUCACCUUUGUGUAUGUGGGGGACCAGCUUCAUCUUAACCCUUGUGUAGCUAGGGAGGCUGGCAUUGCUACGGUAUCCCCAGGAGAACUGGUUGAAUCUUCAGGAGUCAAUGACAACGCUGAGUCUGUGAAAGAAGAGGGUGUUCCUGUCAAGAGAAGGAGGAGAGCCAAACUGCUUAGCUCUGCUGAAGGCCAAGAAAGUGAUCCUGGGACAGUGAACACCACUCCUCAAAAGAUGGCAGAGGCAGACCCCAAAAGAGGAGUAGUGUCUCCCCCUGGGAGAAAGAAGGCCACAGCCUGCACUCCACGAAGUAGGAAGGGUGAUGCAGUGUCCCAGUUUUUGGUCUUCUGUCAAAAGCAUAGGGAUGAGGUUGUCUCCGAACAUCCAGACGCUUCUGGCGAGGAGAUCGAAGAGCUGCUCGGCUCACAGUGGGACAUGCUCAACGCAAAACAGAAAGCACGCUAUAACACAAAGUUUGCCCUAGUGACCUCUCCCCAAUCUGAAGAAGACUCUGGUAACUUAAAUGGAAAAAAAAGAAAUCACACAAAGAGGACACAGGACCCUACAGAAGACUUUGAAGUUGAGGAAGCACCUCGGAAGAGACUCAGGACGGAGAAGCACAGUCUUCGGAAGAGAGAGACGAUCAGUGACAAAACAGCCAGAACAAAUUCUUCUAAGGUCACAGAGGCAGCCUCCUCGCUAAAGAGCCAGGCAGCAACGAAAAAUCUGUCUGAUGCAUGCAAACCACUGAAGAAGCGAAAUCGGGCUUCCACAGCGGCGCCUUCAACUCUUGGGUUUAGCAAAAGUUCAUCUCCUUCCACAUCCCUAACUGAGAACGAGCUUUUAUGGGAGCCCACAUCAGUCAAGUUGGAUUUGAACGCAGCUGCAAUGUACUGCUCUUAACAUGCUGUAAUAUUCCAAGAUGUCUGCUGCAAGUGGUAUCGCAUCGUAGACACUAAAUGACAUUGCUUUCACAGUCAUUUUAUGGAAGAUGUGUGAUAAUCUGUUUUUACUGGUAUUAAUAAACACAUACAAUGAAGAAAACAGAUAACAAAUUUUAAGACCAAGGUAAGAUACCUAAUCAAGGUCAUUUAAUCAAUCACAUUCAUCUCAUAAUAAAAACACAUUCAUAUUCCAAUGGUCAAUGCAGAAUUCCAGUGGGGGAAGGUCGCCAUUGAAUCACACGCUGUCUUAGAAAUGUGGUGGUGGCACCACACGGAAGGCAGUUAAUCUUGCUAGAGGUAACUUUUCUCUUUUAGUUUAUAACUUACUGCAUUUUUCUUCAAAAAAUGUUAGCAUCUGUACCUUCAAAAACAACAAACAAACAGCACACACUAAAAGGCGUACUUGUCCAGUAUUCUCAUUGCCAAUGGAAUGUAUUCAGUACUGUAGAUAUUAAACUAAUUUCCAACAUGAAAGGCGGGAAGGGUUUUGAUUCUGUCCUUUUUUACUAAACAGUUUUACUAUGAUACUAGAGAUAGUAAAUUUUUAGAAAAAUGAUCAUUUGCAAUUUCAUUGUGAACCAUUUAACUCUAGUCUUUUGAUUGAGUAACAGCUGUCUAGGGGGAUACCAUAACCCAGGUUAUUUACACCAACCAGUUCAACAGUUGCUUACGUAGGACGUUAGCCAUCACGUUUAGAUGUUUUAACCUUGGAUGACCAGCCCGGUAUCGUGCCCCGGGGUUUCCGCAUGUUUGCAUGGUGAAGAAAAAGUUUCACUUGCCCUUCAGCUCAUAGAGCAGGACACGUGCUAUUCAUGUUGGCAUGUUAAUAGCACUCGAUUCAUUCCUGGCAGACUCUUCAGGUGUGUUUUACCUUUAAUGAAAGUUUCUGACUAAUACUUUUGUUCUAAAUCACCAAGUAAUGUAACGCAUGUAAAACACUUAGGGUGCCUGGCGCCUUGCAAGGACUCAGUGGUUUGCUGUUGUGACAAUGAUUAAUAACAAUAAAAAUAAUAAAAUCACCAUCAUUCCAUUUUUAUCCAAAAGUAUGAAUUUUGCUUUGGCAUGAAAAAUGAUUCUCCUGACUCCAUUAUGCACGUGGGGAUAAAAUAAACUUAGAGAUGGCAGAACACUGGGUUUGUUUGUGUGACAUUUGAGGGUACUGGAUGGUGUGGCUGAUGGCUAGUCGGGUUGCUCUUUUGGCUCUGCUCAAGUGUAGUGGAAGUCCAUGGCAUUAGAGGCGACCUAGGAGCAAUCUCAGUCAUAUUUCUAAAGGACAUGGAAAAGCUCAGGAGUAAAUGUAGAAUUCUCAGUCACUAAAUUUAAAAAAUGUGAAAAGAGAUAGAUAGUUGGUAUCAAAACGGCCCAGGUAUGAGAAACAAUCACCCAAAGUAAAAACUAUAGCUUUAAAUGCUUUUGACCAGAGUCGAGGGGUUUCAUUUGAAGUUAUAGCAUGAAGAAUUUUGAUUAGGUUGCCAGCCAGCUGGCAAAUAUAUGAUAGCUUAACUGUACUAGAUACAUUAGAAGUCAGUCAAAGUAUUUCUUCUUUGUGAUGGAGAAGAUAAAAACCUUCAAUUGACAGAAUGGUAAGACCACAAAGCUACAUAAAAUUAGCACCAGCUGAGUACAUAAGGGCAUGGAGGGGUACCAGGAUGGGAACUGUGCCAUGUUGCUCAAGCAGGAGAGGCAUCGUCCUCUGGAAACAUCGGGAAAGUGAGGAGGCAGGGGCAGGUGGCUUCAGCAUCCUGCAGUGAGAGGACAGUCUCCCGUAAGGCAGAUGUGUCCCGCAAGUACCAGUAGUGGUCUCACUGAGGAGCGCUGGCAGAAGAACAGGCAGUUCCAGAGGGCUCAGCUCAGCUUCCUGAAGGGGGUGAGUUGAAAGGGGCUCCUGCUGAGAAGAGCUUAAGGUUAGGCAAUGGUUUGUCUACCAAUAGUACAAAAACUGAUCAUGCUACUAAUUUAACAUGAAAUUCCUUCAUUUCCUCAAAAAGUCAAAAUAAAAAUGAUACAUUCUGGUCUAAGACAUUUGGAGUGCCCAUUAUUGAGACAGGUUUUACAUAGAGUCAUUUUAAUGAUUCCAUUUGAUUUACUUCAGAACAUCUCUCAUAAACCACAUUUGUGCCUGGUGGGGGAGAUAGCUAUGAGAAGGAGCUCUCUAUUCUAAAACUUGAGGCAUUCACAAUAAGUGAAAAACUGUCUGAGUAUAUAAAGUUUAGAUUACAGAUGUUUUAAAAAUGAAAGUACUGCGGUAUAUUAGAGUAGUGCCUUGAAGGAGUGCCCUGUGCUGGCAGUCGAGGUCUGGCACUGUUUUUCUAAGGCAGAUCCAAGAGCCACUGGGCUAUCAGGUCUUUACCCAAACUGCCCACCUGCUGCAGACUGACGUCUCUGUUUCCCUCGUGGACCUUUUUCUUCAGAGUUAACACAGAAGUUAGAUGUCUUUCUUCAGUGGUGAUAAAUUUAGGUGUAGUUACAUCUCAGCGGUCUCUUCAGCAUACGUGAUGCCUCUCAGACUCUCCCAACUGGAAAUAACCAUAGUGUUUUUAAGAUAAUGUUCCUGAAAGGCAACAAGAAAUCUAAGUGAAGUGUCACGAUAGGAAGCAAAGUUUUCUAGCACACAAGCAGAGGGUGACUGUGCGGGAUGCAUGAAGGAGCCCUACGGCGGGUGCUGGGAUGGGUGUCCAGUCCCAUCUGGCCUGCCUCCACGAGGGUCAUGCUCCAUGAAUGACUUCUUAGGUGAUCUCCAUGAGGUCCACUUCAGCUUUAAAUUUGUCUCAUUCUGUGGUUUCCACUGAAAUAGUUCACGCAGAAGCAUAAGACAUUCUUAAGGAGUUCUCAGGGCUUUGGGAGCCGUACAAAGGGGGUGACUGUUUCAAGGCGCUCAUAUAGUUUGGGGACAUUAAUAGUUGUAUAAACUAGAGGAAAAUGGGAGAAAACUUUGUGUGAGACUUAAACUGUCAGUGACACAUUUGUCACGCCCACCAUCUCUUUGCCCCUUACCUGGUUGCUCGAGAUUUGUGAACAAAGGUGUAUGAUGAGGCUGGCCAGAUUUGAGGGGUGAAGUAGAGGUGCACAGUAGUGGGCCCCUUUAAUAGCUGCCAAGAGUCUGGCAAUAGAAAUGUUGUAAAAGAAAGUUAAAAUUGCAAAUUAGAAUCUAGUUCCCCUCAAAAGUUUGCAUGUUGUAUGUAUAUAAUUACAAUGAUUUAAAAAAAAAUACCCUGAGAGAGUUCUUGCCCAAAGCCUGGCGAGAGUGAGCUUGUGUCCACGGUGGCAAGACUGUGACUUGUGAUUUUGUUCAUCGUUUCGGUAAUGAUGAAACAGCUUAAGCGUUUCUAAAUGGAAGGAAAGUCCUUUACUCAUUUGAGCCAAUUGAAUAGAAAAAAGAAAGCUUGCUGAGUGAUUCUUUGGUAAUUUACGUAAAACCACCUUGAAAAAAUGACUCUGUGGAUGGGCCUGAAAUGUGCAAAGAAGGUUGGUUUAAAACUGAGGCUUCUCUUCAGCUGGCCGGACUUUUGCCUAACCGUGAUAGAUGACGUGUGGUCACUGUAACCUUGGCAAAUUCACUCCAUUUCUUUUUCGUUUGGUUUCUAAGCUAACACGGCUCUCAAGCAUACUUAGCCUUUUUAAGUUACAAAUUCAUUUUAAAGUUCUUUUCUGGCCAGGUAGACUCAUGUACAAGUCCUGUUUGAGAACCCUUUUGACUUAGUGGGAAAUGGUAGCAUCUUAUUGCAUUAAAAAUCAACAGAUUCAUCACCUUGGUUAAAAAUUCGUGACAGAGAAAGUCAUUGCUGAGGACUGCUCUUUAUCUUCAGUUUGUGAAUUUCUGAAGGGUAGUCUCUCAUUAGAAAAGGGUUCUAGAAGUAACUCUUAAAGCUGUUACUGGUUCCUUAUCUGCUUUUAAAGCUUCUUCAUUUUUUAAAGGUACAUACUGAUUCCUGCGUAUUUUAGAAUUUUGGUCAGUGAAGUUGAUUUUGAUUCCUUCAGGUACUAUUUUUAAUGUUUUAUUUACCUAGAAUGUUAGAAAUCAUCACUCAUUUUACCUGCCAGUGAUGGAAACUGACUUUUUAGCAGGUAGAAAAUCAUAUUUUGUAUAUGAUCUGGCUCAUAUUGUUAGGGCAAGGGACAUGCUUCCUUUUGGGGCAUUUUCGCCAUUAAGGGUGGCCGGCACUCCAGGAUGGGUUUAAGAACCUCAGUAUAUACCCUCUUUUGUUAAAUACCUUUGUAACUAAAUGGUUAUAUUUUAGAUCCAAAUUUAUAAUUUUUUCUUGCCUGUUUUGGGUGAGAAUAUGCAUAUAGUUGUUAGACCUUUUUUUUGUGUACACCUUUUUGGCCAUCCAGGCAUAUUUUAUCUUAAAGAAUGACUCAGGUGUGGGUGGGGGCGGCCCCCCAGCGGGGAGGAGUGUGUACUGCACCACGGGCAGUUGUGGCAGCAGGCAGGCGGUUAGGCUGGGCUAGGCUAGGGGGCUUCCCUCUUGUUUCCAGGUCCUCUACGGAGAGUGCACAGGCCCCUUCCCAGCCCCUUCCCUGCAGGAUGGCCACUGCCGAGGACACAGUUGGGUUGCUAGGAUAUUUUAGAGACUCGUUUUACCUCUGAUGGGGACAGACCUUGAAAAUGGGAGCGGAGCUGCUUGGCCUGGCUCUGCAGGCGCACCCAGUGACCGGCGGUUCUCACUGCCACCCUCCUAGCGGGGGUUUGACUACCCGGAAGACUACGUAGGUUAGAAAAUAAACCACGUGUGAAGCACAACAGGAUGUCUUAUGAACUGAAUGAAGGUUUUUAGUGUUCCCAAUGACACAGACCUAGCCUUAACCUUAGAAUUUAGGGACAGCGAGGAAGGUCUAGUCUGUGUAACCUACAGGGGGUCAUUUUAAUGAAAAUUAUUAUGAACUGUAGUAUUUCAGGUGAUGGAUAACUAAUUUAAAAAUUAAUCCUCCUUUAAUAUUUCACUGUGAUGUUAACUUGGAAGAUUUGUUUGAGAUUAUUUGAUAUUAAGCUCAUUAACUGUGCUGAGCACAAGAUUCUUAUUUGUGAACCCAAAACACUGUGUCAAAGUAUUUCUAGUUAUUUUCUUCCUUAUAAAAGCCUAACAUAAACAUGAAAAUAAUAAUGUUGGUAUAUAGAAGUAUUCAUUGUUCAAGGUCUGUAAUUGUAUUUCAAAAAUGAUGUCGUACUCAACUUGUGAAGGGAUUCGUUCUGUCAAAAAGUUAAAUUCCAUUUGUAUACCACUGCUCAGAGGCACAGGGGACUGCUUUCCAGUCACAGCGGGUAGGACCUGACUGCACUCCGCAUGGUCGAGUCGUUCCGGGUGGCCGCCCUGUCUUCAGACGGUGGUUCAGAUGCGCUCACCAGGCCACGUUAUGCUCUGUAGUGGUACUGGAAAAAGACUCUCUAAUACGUGUUGGAGGAGCCCUGGUGGCACAGUGGCUUGGUGCUAGGCUGCAGUUUCAACCCACCAGCCGCUGUACGGGAGAAAGAUGUGGCAAUCUGCUCUUGAAAAGAUUACAGCCUAGGAAACCCUAUGGGGCAGCUCCGCUCUGUCCUCUUAGGGUCUCUGUGAGUCGGAAUUGACUCGAAGGCACACAACAGCAACAACGUGUGUUAAGGAAACAACAUUCCCUGCCCCUAAAGUAACGUAUUUCUAAGGCGAACAGGCAAUUUGGUAUUCAUGACGUAAUGAGUAGAGAUCUGAGAAAGUAUUUUCAGAUUCAAGAACAUUUUCAAAAGUCAGGAACUAAGCUGCUUGGAAAUCAGUACCGCAAGGGUGGCUUUGGUAAAUAUGGAAAGCAACGAGAGUAGUUUUCUAACAGAGUCUUGUGUCCGUUCAGUUACUACAUUUUUCUUUUUCCAAAUGCAUCCUAUUGGAUAUGGAAUAGAUCAUAAAUGUCGUAUACUGAGAUUUGGGACUGUGUUGAUGGGACCAUAAAGGUGAAUUUGUCGCGUUCACAAAUGGCAUCUCGGAGUAAGUAACGUCACCUGGUGCAUGUGGAGGUGGAGUCUGCGACUGGAGUAAAGGCACGCUUGUGUUGACGUCCCUCUUUGCGCACGUGGCUCUUCCUUGUGGGUGGCUUGCUGGGUGGAGAGCAGUUGGAUCUCGACUGUGUGCCAGUUGUCUGUUCAGUAGCAAAAGGGGUGUGGUGGGAUAAAGUCAGAAUAUUCUGCCGUUGAUGUGUCACGGCCUGUAACAUUGUAAGGUUUCUUCACACAUAUAUUACUCUGUAUGUAUAUCUCAGACCCCGACCCGGAAACUAGCUCAUGUGUGUCUUUGACAUUUAUAUUUCCACUCAAAAUAUGUACUCAGUGUUUAUUUUCUCGAAACAGACUUUGUUAAUUUAGGAAAUAUCUCCCAAGUGGAAACGUGCUAACUUUUUCUGUAAAUCUUAAAUAAAAGGUGCUGUUCCUUCCUCUGACCCAGGACUGGUCUGUGUUUUCUGUCUUUCUCUCCAUGCAUUUUUUCUUUUUUUAGCUUUUAAGUUUGCACCAGCCACAUUGAGGGAAGAACAUGGGUUGGUGGAUAAAGCCCUGGGUGUGCUCCGCUUGAGCCCCUGUUGAAGACCGCUUUCCUUGUGCCUCGAUCUCUCUCUCAGUCAGAAGGGUCAACCAUGGGUGGCCGUGCAGGCUGCUCACUGAGCGGGGCCCUGGCCAGCCAGUACGGCCUCCUGAUGCCCCCAGGCUCCCCGAGUACCCCCUCCAGGCUUACCUCAGGAGUGUUCAACGCCCCACCCUUGACUUCGUAUUUGGUGGACAUGCUGGAUUCGGGGUUUGAACUCAGAGCGUUGUUCAGGUGGCCUUCUUUCUACCAUCCUUUCCAACACUAAAGAAAUUGGCAAGUUGGCAGGUGGGAAAGAGGCUGUGGACCUCCGUGUUUCUGUCCAGUCAGCCUCACAGUGAGAAAACCUUAACAUGAUUCCUCUAUAAUUUAGUGCUUGUUAAUGCUGCUAUUUCCCUUGUUCUGGAAAAGGUGAGGUAAUCAAACUUCAAAAGUCACUUUUUCUUAAGACUUUGUGUUAAUAAUUGAUGUAUCAGACAUACAAGAGUAGGAAGACUAGAACAAUGAGCCCACGUACUGCAGCCCGCUCCACAGUUACAGUCAGAGCCAAGAAAGAAGUCAGCCCCUUCCUGUUGGCCACCCAGGAGAGCCAAGGGUGAGAACGGUGGACAGGAGAGAGGAAAGGAAGCAAGACGGAUGGAAAAGCCCACUUUAACACUGAUGUUAAGUCCACAAAACCUCUUGUGUUGAGUGUUUUUUUUUUCCCCCACGGCUUCCUGUCAUUUCAGUGAACUAAAUCUGGAAAAAGCUCAUUGAUAAGGCCUUAGAAUUGGUUGGACUGCCUGAUGGUUCUUUUUUUUUGGUUUGUUUUAAAUGUGGCCCAAUUUCAGUUUCUAGCUUUGUGUUCAUUGACAAACAGCAAGCCUAUGACGUGAUGACUUGUUGCUGUGAUUAUUGAGGUAUCUAGGAAAUUUAGUUCAUGCUUUUGCCCUUUUCCCAUCUCCAAAAUUCAGUUUUCACCAUUUAUUUUCAAGUCUUAAUAGCAAUUAAAAACCAAGCAUAUCUUUAGUGUUUUUUAGAAAACCCCGAGAUUGGUAGACAAGGGAGUUUUCUAUUUUAUUAAUGUAAACAUUUAUUGAUGUUGCUGGUCACCUGAUGGUGAAGUUGUAACUUAAUCGCCCUUAAAUGGAAGAGAAACGUGAAAUAAAGGAAAGCCCACUGGCAGGUCAUUGCGUUUGCUCACGAAGUCCACGUCUUUCCCCCAGGCCUUCACGUACACUCAGAUGUUUCCAAAGUAGGCAGAGGUGUUACCUUGCCUUUCCCAGCUCACAUCUCUGGUGAGGAGGAGCAAGUGAACUGUGAGAUGUCGUAGAAUAGAUAGGCACUGGGAGAAAGGAGAGAAGCGGCAGAAUUUAACCUACAGGUGCAAUAAGUCCAGGAAGUUGGGUGUCAUGCCCUUUGGGCCAGUGCUUUAGACCGUGCGGCAACUUCUGAGGUAGCUAACGGAGUUUCCACCACAGCAGCGACAGAACAAGCAGGAUCCCUCUUAGGAAGCCUUACUGCUUACACUGCAUCUUGGUUUCUCCAGACAAUGACUUGGUGUUAACAUGUUUCUCUUACCUUAAAAUAGUUGGACCUGAAGAGAUCGGGUAAGAAAGGUCAAGAUUCUCAAUCUGGAAAUCAGUCUUAGUUCACUUACUAGAGCAAAUUGGAUUGCCGUGAAAGUUAUUUCGUUUUUAAGGAAUAUUAAGAAAAUGUUGAGUCUUAGGCCUUUUAUACAUGUAUGUACUAAGUACUAAGCAGAAUAAAGUCCAUUUUUGAAUUCCCUAUGCAGCUUAGUUGACCAAUUGUAUUAUCAUAACAACCAGUUGAGGCUAUCCAUUCACCGAAAAUAGCUAGUAAUAAAGAGUAUGUCUCUGAGGCGGUGUCAUGCCCACUGCUUUCCACCACUCAACUGUCACCCCCAUGCUUCAU